AAGUAACACAGAGCUGCUAUAAACCCUUAUCUUCUUCCUGAACAGCGACAUUACUGCACUUUCCUCUGAUUAUCACUGUUAUAACAGUGUGAACACAAAUUCCCGCUGUGUUUCAGCCCGAGCCGUUAACACUAGCCUCACGCGAUGGAGAUCACUUUCACGGGAAAGCGCGCGCUGGUGACCGGAGCGGGGAAAGGUAUCGGCCGGGCCACCGCCCUCGCUCUGGCACGCGGCGGCGCUGAGGUCACCGCGGUCACGCGCACCAAGGCAGACUUGGAGAGUCUCGUGCAGGAGUGUCCUUCCAUCAAUCCGGUGUGUGUGGACCUCGCAAACUGGGGAGCUACAGAGACCGCACUGAAGAAUGUAGGACCUAUUGAUCUGCUGGUGAACAAUGCAGGCUGUGCUAAACUGCAGUCCUUCUUUGAGAUCACAGAGGACGAGUUUGACAUAUCUUUCAAUGUGAAUGUGAAAGCAGCGCUGCACGUCGCACAAAUCGUGGGGAGAGGAAUGAAGGCCCGGGGUCGAGGCGGCUCCAUCGUGAACGUGUCCAGCCAGGCUGCUCAGUGUGCCGUUAAAGAUCACGCGGUUUACUGUGCCACCAAAGGAGCUCUCGACAUGCUGACCCGAGUAAUGGCUCUGGAGCUGGGGCCGCACCAGAUUCGAGUGAACUCUGUGAACCCAACAGUGGUGAUGACGGAUAUGGGUAAAAUAGGAUGGAGUGAUCCGGUGAAGGCCAAGACCAUGACAUCUCGUAUCCCACUGGGCAAAUUUGCCGAAGUGGAAGAUGUGGUCAACUCCAUUCUGUUUCUUCUGAGCGACAAGAGCGCCAUGACCAAUGGCGUGACCCUGCCUAUAGAUGGAGGCUUCCUGGCCUGCUAGAUCUGCAGAUCUUCACAAAUUACUCUGUAAAACGUGGGAAUUCUGAAGGGAAAUAUAAAAAAAACUGAAUAAAAAGACUUGUUUAGUGUUA